AUCAUGCUGCUUAACAAGAACGAUAAAAAAAAAAGUACCCAUCGAUCGAUCAACUGCGGCAGCUCGUACCCAUCGAUCGAUCGAUCGAUCCCCCAUGGCGCUGCCGGUGCCGGACGACGCCCUCGCCGACAUCCUCCGCCGCCUGCCGCCACGCAGCCUCGCCGCGGCGCGUUGCGUCUGCAAGCCGUGGCGCGACCUCGUCGACGGCCGCGCGCUGCUCCUCCCGCGCCUCCUGCCCCACUCGGUGCACGGCGUCCUCAUCAACUACAUCGACCACGACCGCCCCCACCUCUUCUCCCGCCGCCGAUCCCGGUCCCGAUCCCGGUCCUCCUCCUCGCCGGCGGCGUCGAGCGGCGGGGGGGAUAUCGACGGCAACCUCUCCUCGGUGCCGCCCAAGGGCGACAUGGACUGGUGGCACGUCAUGGACCACUGCGACGGCCUCCUCCUCUGCGCCGUCGAGUGGGGGAAUCGUCUCUGCGUCUGCAACCCGGCGACGCGGCGGUGGGCGACGCUGCCCCGAUGCCCGGAGUCGCCGAAGCCGAUCCGCUACGGCACCGGCGGCGCGUACCUCGCGUUCGAUCCGGCGGCCGCGUCGCCGCCGCACUACGAGGUGUUCUUGAUCCCCGGCUUGCCGGAGAAGCCCCCGCCGCCACCACCAAAGCAGAAGGCGAAAGCAAUCACCGCGCCGCCGUUCUGCCUGGAUUCGCUGCUCGCAUCGCUGGACGGCGCCUGCUGGACUAUGGAGGAGGUGGAGCCGCCGCCGCCACCAUCUCCACCGGCGUCCUCCAUGGGUGAUGCUGACCUGUACCGUUUGAUGGAAUGGCCGCCGUCGCCGUACAAGGUGUACGUGUUCUCGUCGAGGAGCGGGCGGUGGGAGGAGAGGGCCUUCGUCAGGGAAGGCGGUGAGACGGCGGCGGCGACGACGACGGUGGAUGACAUGGAACCAUGGGAGUGUCCUCUUGAAGGCCCUCGCCAAGGGUACACCGGUACAGCGUGUCCUGGCAGGGAGCACUGUAUGUGCAUUCUCGUGGUACUUCUGUUACCAGGUUUUCACUGUCAAAUGACAAGUACCAAGUAAUCAGUACAUGAUUAUGCACACUUAGAUAUUCUUGGAUUUCAUCCUUAUAAGGAAGCUAUUUUCUUGGAUGAAACAUUCAGAACAGUAGCCUAUCAUUUGGAUAGCUCGAAGGUCCAAUAUCUGGGCUACUCACGCCCAAAGUGUUACUACCGAAACUAUACAAAUGGUAUAUAUGAGUCAUUUGUUUAUACUCCUUGCAUGAUUGGAGAGCUUCAUGGAGAUCACAGUGGGCAGAACUCAUCUUUUAAAUAGAACCAACCUAUGUACAACUCAGGCAGUUGAAGAACAUACCAGGCUGAUCACUGGGCACAAUUUGGUUUAUUAUUUAUAUAUUUUCUCCAAUCUUAGUAGUUGUUCCUCGGUUUGUGCUACAAGUCCUAAGUACUGCCCUGUGUCUUUUUUUCAUUGAUCGUGAUCAUACAUUUUAUUAGUUUUCCUUUUUUUUUUUUGCUUUUCCCUUUUGAGUUUCUACCUCUUCAAAUUAUAUGUACACAUCUUUGCUAUCAGAUUCUACAGUUAAAUACGCUUUCACCUUGUUCAGUUGUUUGACUCAUGGCAACCCAAUGAACAACGCAUUGGACCAAACGGAGAUAACUGAACAAUUCUCCCGUAACUUCAG